GAGAAGUGGGACAGCUGGAUCGACGCGGUCAAUUCGGGCGCCAGCCUCACCAGCAACCAGGCCUGGCACGUCGCCUCGGCGUGGGUGCAGGCGGAGGCCGAAGUGGCAGUGAUCGAGAGCACCCUGACCUCCAUCAUCGUGGCCGUGGCAUCUGGCUGGCUGGGGGUGCUGGCGUUCACCCAGGAUCCGUACCUCGCCUGCCUCGUGGUCGGCGUCGUGGCCGGCGUCAUCGUCGGCCUGGCGUUCUUCAUGAUCUGCCUGGCGGGCUGGUCGCUGGGGCCCAUCGAGGUGAUCGCCCUGAUCGUGUUCGUGGGCUACUCCGUGACCUUCAGCCUGCACAUCGCGCACAUCUACCACGAGGAGGGCCGCGCCCAGAUGCCGGCCUCCCAGGAGCACUUCGGCGCCAUCCACGAGAUGGCCGCGCUUUCGCGCCCGGCCCUCGCCUCCAUCCUCGGCAGCUCGGCCCUCGGCUUCGCCGCGGCGCUCUCCGUCGACCGCGACCGCGGUGGCGCCCUCGGUGCCGACCGCGGUGGCGGCGGACAGACACCCGAGGAGCUGGGCUUCUCCGACGCAGGUGACUCCGACGACUCGAACAGCUAUGGUAAGUCUCAGUUCAGCGAAGAGUUCUGCCUGGACAUCGGUGCCAAGGGAUUCCCGAUCCCCACCUUCAAGAUGCUCCAGGCGGCCAACUGGGACGCAGCGACGUAUUUCGCGCAGUUGCAAGGGGCAGGGUACGCAGAGGACGCUUUGCAGAUGACGGGCCCGGACGCGGCCUUGCUGAAGUCGGACUGCAUGAAAGAGCGCGCUCAUGGCAGGUCGAGGCACAUCUUCGUGGGCGAUUCGCAGAUGAUGUCUCUUCGCAAUGCGUUCCACCGCCUCAACAAGUGCCCCGAGAUAUGGUACUCCAAUCACACCGAGCAGGACAUCUCCGACAUGAUGGGCACGGUGCGGAGGAACGAGAAGACCCAGACCAAGACGAAGAGCAACGCCCGCUUCUACUCCCGCGCCGAGCAGGUCCCCGCCCAGCUGCCCCACGGCUGCACGGAGGAGGGCAUUGCAUCCUUCAUCCAUUGGGACGGCUGGGCAAGCCACACGCUGCCCGUGAAGGACAUCAAGAAGGAAAUGGACAUGAUCGGUGUAGACCCUGCGGAGGGGGACAACGUUGUCGUCUGGGUUGGGUCGAACUUCAUCCCGGCAAGGCACAGGAUGAGCGCCCUGCUGCAAUCCAUCAACAAGCUCCACGAGAUGAAGGUCAAGUUGGUGUGGGACUCGCCCGCCUACCAAGACGUGGCCCUGAUGGCCGCCACGACGACCCACAGCGAAGGGCGCGACGAGCGAACUAAGAUUCCCAUCACCUUCAACUCCAUCUCUCAGCGGAAGACCUCUGGGCAGAUAGGCUCAAACGACACGGUGGCGGACAAGACGGAGAAGGCUCUCUACGAGCAGGGCAUCGAGGUCCCCACCACGAAGCGGUGGCAGAUCACCAAUCGCUACCGCGGCCUCCAGUGCGACGGCAUCCACACCGACAUGCGCGCCAGGGACCCCCUCUUCUACGACAUGCCGUGCCCGAUGGGCCAGCAGAAGUACGGCCAGUCCACCUACUGCACCUGGGUGGAGCCGUUCAAGAAGGAGCUCGGCGGCCUCUGCCCGUGGGCCUACGGGCUGGACGACAUGGUGCUCCAGAGCGGGCUCUACGCCAUGUGCGCCGCGCACGAGAAGCCGUUCUGCUAUUCGUACACCGAGCACAUCCGCUGAGAGAACUCGGGGACCCGA